AUGACGAAGAAGGAAGAGCUGACAGUGCCUCAAACAUUGCCACCAAAGCUAAAAGACCCAGGUAAGGUUACUAUCUCUUGUAAUACUGGUGGAGUAAAUAUCCCACAUGGCUUGUGUGAUUUAGGGUCUAGUAUAAAUGUCAUGCCAUUGAAUAAGGCGAAAGAAUUGAAAGUGGGUAAGAUCAUACCGAGUAACAUGACUCUUACUUUAGCUGACUCAUCUGUUACUCACCCGCCUGGUAUCUUACGAGACAUGUUAGUACAUGUUGAUGGUUUAGUGUUUCCUGCAAAUUUUAUGGUAAUUGAUGCAAAAGGAGAUUCAGGAGGGCUGAUUAUUCUCGGACGCUCAUUCUUGGAAACCGGGAAAGUAAAGAUAAACGUGGAAACGGGUAAACUUACCUUGAAGUUCAACAACAAAAAAAUGGUUUUUAAGGUGUAUGAAUGGACACCGUAUGUGGAGCACUUGAAGACAUGCUAUCAUCUGGAGGUAAAAGGUAGUAAGGUUGACAAAGGAAUGAAAACAGAUGAAUUGACCGACAUGAGGGUAUCCCUUGCGCCUGACGUGCCUUAUGCAUGA